UCUCCUCUUCAUUACUCAAUCAAAAACCGGAGAGUUAUAACAAGCACAAGUUUUUCUUUUUGUAUUAUUUUUUGGGGUUUAGAUAGAGAUAAAAAGAACGAGAGAGAGAGAGAGAGAGAGAGAGAGAAACAGAGCUGGUUUUGUCAUAAAUGAGGUGAGAGUGUAGCAGAGAGCGGGUGCAGUUCUCAUGGCGGCGUUGCAGGGGCUCUAAUUCCGUGCCAUUAUUGCUUGGAAUUGAAGGGAGAGAGAAGGGAAGGGGGGUAAGUCAAGGGGAAACCAUACUUGUUUGUUUGUUUUACCCUAAAAGAAAAAAUCUUGAAAAACAUUUUUAACCUCAAAAGCUGCAAAAAAGAGAAUCCUUCCCAAAGAUCACAAAAAAGAAAAGAAGAAAAACAGCUCUUCUACUAAAUUCUGCUAGUAAAUUCGGGAGAGGGGAAGGGGGGGGGGGGAGAGGGGUGGUGUGGUGUGGGGGUCAGGUCAGACAUAGCAGAAACAACAAAGAUCGGGUCAAAACAAAGCCCCCCAACAAACACUCACAGACUAACAGUGGUAUUUAAAAACCCACCAGAAAAAGCUUCCACAGUUGAAACCCAUAAAGACCCCAGGGAAAAUCCAACCAGCUCAUCACACUAGUGAUCUGGGGGGGCGGUACUAAAUAGGGUGUUUCUGCUAUGGAUUUUUGGUCCAAAUUGAGGUUGGUUUCAGCUUUUGGGUGUAACAAAUGGCUGGCUUCUUCUAUCUAGGUGGCCGAGAAGGAGCAGCUGCAAGCAAGCAAGAAGGAGAAGAUAAAGAAGAGAACCUGUAUUUGUACAGAAACGAGGAGAUCUACAACAAAGGGUUUGAGCUAUGGCCACAGUAUUAUUACCAACAGCAAAACGUGAACAACUACUCGUUUGGAGCGGGUCCUAGUCGAAGAACGAGCGGCUUUAACCUCUCUGAUGAGUCGUCUUCGAGAUCAGCAGGUUUUACGGUUAUGAGACAAGGAGGCAUGAACUGCCAAGAUUGCGGAAACCAAGCUAAGAAAGAUUGUACCCAUUUGAGAUGCAGGACUUGUUGCAAGAGCCGAGGGUUUCAGUGCCAAACUCACGUUAAGAGUACUUGGGUUCCUGCUUCUAAAAGGCGAGAGAGGCAACAACAACUCGCAGCUUUGCAACAACAACAGCAGCAGCAGCAAAACCAACAACAAGAGCAACAACAGUUUCGAGGAGAGAAUCCGAAAAGGCAGAGAGAGAAUCAAGGUGCUCCCUCCCUUGCCUGCACUCGUUUAUCCCCCACCACGUCAGGGUUGGAACUGGGUCAAUACCCUCCCGAAGUGAAUUCUCCAGCAGUCUUCCGCUGCGUAAAAGUAAGCGCCAUGGACGAUGCAGAUGAGGAGUUCGCCUAUCAAACGGCUGUGAAUAUAGCAGGACAUGUAUUCAAGGGAAUUCUCUACGAUCAAGGCCCUGAAAGUCGUUACACCAGCGGCGGUGAAAGCUCUCAGCCACUCGAUCUUAUCACAGCAGCAACCACUGCAGCUGCUACAACGACAACCGCUACGACUUCGAGCAAUCCAGGCACAAGCAUGCUCGACCCUUCUCUCUAUCCAGCUCCACUUAACGCUUUCAUUGCUGGUACGCAAUUCUUCCCACCUCCAAGGUCUUGAUUUACAGGCCUGUCUCCAAAUGUUCCAACUAUCUCUCUAUGGGAGGGGAUCUUUUCCUUUUUAACAAACUUUCAUUUGUCAUAAACGAACUCUUGAUUGUUGCUCUCCCUAGCUCAUUGUUAUUUUGUUGUGGUCCUUUUUACUAUUAUGUUCAAAUUGUUAACACCCACCGAAGUAGAAAGCGUAGAAUUUGAAUGAGAAUAGAAACUGAGGAUGCAUAUGAUAUUGGGGGAUGUUUGUUUUUUUU